GUCGUCUUCUUUGCUGUUGCAUCUCCCGUCUCCUCGUCCUACAUUCUGCUCGCAGCCCUCGGUCGUGAAACUAGCACCGGAGCUCUACUACGAGAACAGCACUUCAACGCCAGAUGAGCAAGGCUGGACUCACUGAGAAAGAAGAUGGGGAUAAUAGACAGGGAUUGAGCGUUUCCCCUUCGCUCGAGAAGGACGCGGCGACUGUGGGGUCUCAGGACGUUGAGGAUGGGACUGCGCGCGGAAAGGGGAAGCUGUCGGUGACGGGAAGAAUUGGAAGGUCCAUCAAAGGCUUGCUCGUUCCCCUCGACCCACCACCACCAAAAGACUCCAUCGACGAUGCCGAAUACAUCCCCGAAAUGACCGCCAACUUCUUCUCCCUCAUGACCUUCUCCUGGCUGAAUCCGUUGAUGUCCCUUGGAUAUGCUCGACCUCUUGAAGCCCCCGACCUCUGGAAACUCCAAGACCAUCGUUCCUCCGCCGUCAUCUCUGAUAAAAUUCUAGCUUCGUUUGAGAAGCGGAAGGACAAGGCGGAUGCAUUCAAUGAGCGAUUGGACAAGGGCGACGUGAAACCAGGGUGGAGGAAGACGGCAUGGUGGGGGCUGAGGGGCGAUAAGGAGAAGAGGGAGAUGGAGUGGAAGAAGAGUAUGAGGAAGAGGGCGAGUCUGACACUUGCGAUGAAUGACGCUGUCUUCGUUUGGUUCUGGUCAUCUGGGGUGUUGAAGGUACUCGGUGAUACGGCUCAAGUCACCAGUCCUCUACUCGUCAAAGCUCUGAUCAACUUCGCUACCACGUCAUAUAACGCGCACCAGCAAGGUUUAACCGCUCCACCCAUCGGCAAGGGCAUAGGUUACGCUUUCGGUCUCCUCGCUCUUCAAGUCGUCGGUUCCCUAGGCCAACACCACUUCUUCUACCGUUCCGCCUCUACCGGCGUCCUUCUCCGCGGUGGCCUCAUCACGGCAAUCUACUCCCGCUCCCUCCGUCUAACCACCCGCGCCCGCUCCUCCCUCCCCAACGGUCGUCUCGUCAACCAUAUCUCCACCGACGUCUCCCGCAUCGACUUCUGCUGUGGUUUCUUCCACAUGUUCUGGGCUGCACCGAUUCAAAUGGCCAUUUGCCUCGUGCAGUUGAUUAUCAAUUUAGGACCGAGCGCGUUGGCUGGUUUCGCGGUUUUCGUGAUCAUUACGCCGCUUCAGGGUUGGAUUAUGCAGAAUUUGAUCAAGAUUAGGGUUAAGGCGAUGAGGUGGACGGAUAAAAGGGCGAAGAUGCUGCAGGAGUUGCUCGGAGGGAUGAAGGUCAUCAAGUAUUUUGCGUGGGAGGUUCCGAUGUUGAAGAGGAUCGGGGAGUAUAGGAUGCACGAGAUGGGGUAUAUCCGGUCGUUGCUUCUUAUCCGUGCGGCAAACACUGCUCUGGCAAUGUCGACGCCUGCGCUCGCUGCUGUCCUCGCUUUCGUCGUGUACGCGGCGGCGGGUCACACCCUAGAGGCAGCAACGGUCUUCACAUCACUUACUCUCUUCAACUUACUUCGUCUCCCGCUCCUCAUGUUGCCCAUGUCCUUCAGCUCCAUCGCCGACGCCCGCAACGCCAUCGGACGUCUCCAAGAAGUCUUUGAAGCCGAACUCGUCACCGAAAGCCUCAUCACGGACUCUACCAUCCCCAACGCCGUCGAAGUCUCCUCCGCAUCCUUCACAUGGGACAUAACCCCCCAAGACGCCGCCGAGAUUGCCAAAAUCCCCAAAGCCACCGGCGGCAAAUUCGGCGGUCGUGGCAAACCCGCCGCCGUCGUCGGUCCACCCCCUCCCGCCCCGAAAUCCGACGCCGAAAAGGCAGCGGAGCAGAAAGAGAAGGAGGAUAAUCUGUUCAAGAUCAAGGACGUGGAUCUCGUCAUUCCGCGUGGUCAACUCGUUGCCGUCGUGGGCACGGUAGGGUCGGGGAAGACGAGUCUGCUGCAGGGGCUGAUUGGGGAGAUGAGGAGGACGGAGGGGAAGGUGACAUUUGGGGGGAGCGUGGCAUAUUGUGGGCAGAGUGCUUGGAUACAGAAUGCGACGAUUAGGGAGAAUGUGUGUUUUGGGAGGCCGUUCGAUCAGGAGAGGUAUUGGAGUGCUGUUGGGGAUGCGUGUUUGGAUCAGGAUUUGGAUAUGUUGCCGAAUGGUGAUAUGACCGAGGUGGGAGAAAAGGGAAUCUCGCUUUCUGGUGGCCAGAAGCAGAGAAUCAACAUCUGUCGUGCCGUCUACGCCGAUUGCGACAUUCUCAUCUUCGACGAUCCUCUCUCCGCUCUCGAUGCUCAUGUUGGUGCCUCCGUCUUCAAGAACGUCCUUCUCAAUGCGCCCGCUGGCAAGACCCGGAUCCUGGUCACACACGCUCUGCAUUUCUUACCUCAGGUCGACUACAUCUACACUAUCGCGGAUGGGAAGAUCGCCGAGCGUGGGACCUACAGCGAGCUCAUGGAGACACACGGCGGAGCCUUCGCUCGCUUCAUUAACGAGUUCGUGUCGCAAGAGGAGUCACAGACCAAGAAGGGAGAAGGCGCAGGGGACGUAGACAUCGAAGAAGCAGAGGAAGAGGAUGCAGAGGCUGCCGACGCCCAGAAGAAGAGGAGGGCCAAGGUCAAAGGGGCGCAGUUGAUGCAGGUGGAAGAAAGGAGCACGGGUAGUGUGGAUUGGGGCGUUUAUAAGGCGUAUUCCAAAGCCGGGAACGGCGCAGUGUAUCUGCCCUUAUUGAUGAUUGCGUUGGUGAUUCAGCAGGGGACGCAGGUGAUGUCGUCGUAUUGGCUUGUGUAUUGGCAGGAAAAGAAAUGGGCAGAACCUCAAGGAUUCUAUAUGGGGAUCUAUGCCGCCCUUGGUGUCGGUCAAGCUCUCACGGCGUUCUUCAUGGGCAUCAUGUUCUCCUUGAUCGUCUACUCCGCUUCUCAACGGUUACAUAACAACGCGAUUACCCGGGUCAUGCAUGCUCCUAUGUCCUUUUUCGAGACAACGCCCAUCGGUCGUAUCAUGAAUCGAUUCUCGAAGGAUGUGGACACGAUGGACAACAUUCUAGCUGACUCAUUCCGCAUGUUCCUGAACACUUUUUCGAGUAUCAUCGGUGCCAUCCUCCUGAUCGCCAUCAUCCUGCCUUGGUUCCUCAUCGCGGUUGCCGUCUGUGGUGUCAUGUAUAUCAUGGCCGCCGCUUUCUACAGGGCUAGUGCUCGUGAGAUUAAGCGUCUGGAUGCUAUCCUUCGUUCGUCAUUGUACUCGCACUUCUCAGAGUCCUUAUCAGGCCUGGCGACUAUCCGUGCUUAUGGCGAGUCCGAGCGAUUCUACAAGGAGAACAGAGAUCGUGUGGACGUCGAGAACAGGGCAUACUGGAUGACCGUCACGAAUCAGAGAUGGCUCGGCAUCCGACUGGAUUUCUUCGGGACUGUCCUCACUUUCGUAGUUGCUAUCCUGACAGUUGGCACGCGGUUCACGAUCUCUCCAUCGCAAACUGGUGUUGUCCUCUCGUAUAUCCUCUCAGUGCAACAAGCAUUCGGUUGGAUGGUUCGCCAACUUGCAGAGGUCGAGAACGACAUGAACUCCGUCGAACGUGUAGUCUAUUACGCAGGCCACGUUGAGCAAGAGGCGCCACAUUUCAUCGAGGGGACGACCCCGCCUGCUCCUUGGCCCUCCGUCGGUAAACUCGAGAUAAAGGAUAUGCAACUGAAGUAUAGGCCUGAACUGCCGCCUGUGCUGGAUGGGCUAACGAUGACGGUGAAAGGUGGAGAGAAGAUUGGUAUCGUCGGACGAACGGGUGCGGGCAAAUCGUCGAUCAUGACGGCGCUGUUCCGGCUGGUAGAGAUCUCGUCUGGGUCGAUUCUCAUCGACGGCGUGGAUAUCUCCAAAUUGGGACUCACGGAUGUCCGCAGUGGACUUGCCAUCAUUCCCCAGGAUGCUACCCUCUUCUCCGGUACACUCCGAAGUAACCUCGAUCCAUUCGGCCUCCACGACGACGCUCGCCUCUGGGACGCCCUCAAACGGUCCUACCUCGUCGAACAAGACAAGGGCAAACGCAUCUCCACCCCCAUUGACCCCUCUGAUGACGAGAAGCUCCCGACGGGAGCCAGUACGCCCAUCGGACCGCGGUUCACAUUGGACAGUCCGAUCGACGACGAGGGUUCGAACUUGUCCAUCGGCCAGAAGUCGCUGGUUUCGCUUGCGCGAGCAUUGGUCAAGGACAGUAAGGUGUUGAUCUUGGACGAGGCGACGGCAUCAGUGGAUUAUGAGACGGAUAAGAAUAUUCAGGAUACGAUCGCCAAUGAGUUCAGGGAUCGGACUAUCUUAUGUAUUGCUCACCGUUUGCGCACCAUCAUCUCCUACGACCGGAUAUGCGUCCUCGAUGCAGGGCACAUCGCAGAGCUCGACACGCCGGAGAACUUGUACCACGUCAAGGAUGGUAUCUUCCGUAGCAUGUGUGAGCGGUCUGGUAUCACGCUGGAGGAUCUGCGCAAGGCGGCGAAGGAGCGCGAGGUGAGGGAUGAGGAGGAUGGAAUCGAUAGGUUUGCGGAGUCAUGAUAGUGUAUCCGCAGCCUUUUUCUGUUUCGCUUUUGCUUUCCGUUUUGCUUUGGAGGCUAUGAUGCGAGUUUAUGACCUUGCAUGUUCUUAUAUACGUGGGAUCUUACUUUGUGAAGGGGAUAUCCUUACGGUUUUCUUUAACGACCUUUUCAUUUGAUAAUGCUUUUUUUGGCUUUUUGGCGUGGUUUAUCUCAUGCCAUGGACUUGAUGCAUAG